AUGGCAGAUAUGAGGGCUGCUCUCCUUCGUCCUUUACAGUUGCUUCUCGUCUUGGCUGUUAUUGGAAUCACGACUCAAUACCGCACCAACAUACGCAUUCACGGGAAUGUGACCUGCGAACGAGAUCAAAGAUGGUGUACCAGAAUGGUUUUAAUGGAGUAUGAUUCCUUCAAAAUGCUCCAUGAUAAAGUUGAGGAAUACGGUGUUAAGUGCACAACUGGCUCGUUUGUCCCGUAUGAAAUGAAUGGGAAGCAAGAAGGAGAUGGCCUUUUAGAUAACUUCUACGAAUUGCACAUGUGGAUUUUCCACUCGUGCGCGGAAAAUGGAAACAUUUGGAAGCAGGAACACAAGCUGAACUUGAUUCCAGUUUCAACAACGAACGUCAACCUCCAGCAAGACUAUGCAACGACCAAUAAAGCCAUCAGCGUAAAAUCUUUUUUCGAUGAAGAUGAAAAUAUUUAG